AUGAGUUUAAAAGAGUUUCGUAUACAUGUGGCCAUAGCACUAUCUGGAAAAGAAAAUACUAAAGUGGGUAGAAAACCUAACAAAAAUAAUCAAAUGGAACAUGACGUACAAAAGAUCAGGCGAACUGUGAUUCUUAGACCUAUUAGUGACAUCAAAUUUGAAGAAUUUGAUCCAACGCGUGUAUCAAAAGGUCGAUGCCACCGUUGUAAAAAAGAUCAGACAGACUACAUCUAUACAAAAUGUGAUACACGUUUAUACACACUGAAAAAAGAGACUUUUUCAACCAAAAAAUAA